CAGCAUGUUCUAAGAAGCACAACUGAUGGAACAUGUGAGUUUUAUUUCAUACGGCCGGCUACCAUGUGAACAUGAAAAGUCUAAUUUUAUAAUCGGUUUCUAGCAAAGAACAGAAAAGGAAGAAAAUUUUUUACUUCCCUUUUCAUCUUGAGAAUGGAUUGAGCCAUACUGGAUUAAAGCUUUCUGCCACAUCCCUUAGCAUUAAUAACAAUAUGUAUAAUUCUAUAAUUCUGCAUCAUGACUCCCACCGGCAAGUCAACUUUAUCACAGGAAAGCUGGUAAUGUUUGUUUUUGAAGGGAAAUGCCUUUUGUGAUUUUAAAGAAACCCUUACUGGCUUUGUAAAGAGGGUUGGUAUCCUGGAAAACUAACAGAAGAACACUAGAAAACUUCUCUGGUCCCUUGUCUUUCAAACGUAUGUGGAUACCAUGAACCAGCAGUUGUCCUUAUUGCAGAAAGUGAGCGCUACUUCUGCUGUUAAAUCGGUUCUUGAUGUUGCUGAUAACCUUCAGCUAAGUUUGAAUGCUGAGCCAAGUGCAGAAGAAGUUGGAUUAAACUGUGCAGACCAGGCAAUCGAACAGAUUUUGUCUGGAAAUGAAGACCUUAAGCAAAUGUUGGAAAGCAACAAAGACUCUGCCAAGCUGGAUGCAAUGAAAAGGAUUAUAGGGAUGAUUUCAAACGGGAAAAAUGCUUCUGAGUUGUUCCCUGCCGUUGUGAAGAAUGUGGCUAGCAAAAAUCUUGAGAUAAAGAAACUGGUUUAUAUCUACCUGGUGCGCUACGCAGAGGAACAACAAGAUUUGGCGCUCCUAUCUAUAUGUACUUUUCAAAGAGCUCUAAAAGAUCCUAACCAACUAAUCCGUGCAAGUGCCUUGAGAGUUUUAUCGAGUAUCCGGGUGCCAAUUAUUGUACCGAUAAUGAUGCUGGCUAUCAAGGAAGCAGCAGCUGACUUGUCACCCUAUGUUAGAAAAACUGCAUCCCACGCUAUACAGAAGCUUUACAGUCUGGAUCCAGAACAAAAGGAUAUGCUUAUUGAAAUAAUUGAAAAACUUCUUAAAGACAAAAGUACGCUGGUUGCAGGAAGUGUUGUGAUGGCAUUUGAAGAGGUGUGUCCAGAUAGAAUUGAUUUAAUUCACAAAAAUUACAGAAAACUUUGCAGUUUACUGGUUGAUGUGGAAGAGUGGGGUCAAGUUGUUAUAAUCCACAUGCUGACACGCUAUGCUCGUACACAGUUUGUUAAUCCAUGGCAAGAGGGAGAUGGUAUUGAAGAUAUUAAUGCUAACAAUUUCUAUGAGUCUGAUGAAGAAAAGGAAAAUGAAGAGAAGCAAAAAAGACCAUAUACUAUGGAUCCAGACCAUCGGCUUCUUUUGAGGAUAACUAAACAAUUGCUUCAAAGCAGAAAUGCAGCGGUUGUGAUGGCUGUAGCACAGCUCUACUGGCAUUUGGCGCCAAAAUCUGAAGCAAGUAUUGUUUCAAAAUCAUUAGUUCGUCUUCUUCGUAGUCACAGGGAGGUGCAGUAUAUUGUUCUCCAGAAUAUUGCAACAAUGUCUAUCCAAAGAAAGGGAUUGUUUGAACCAUAUUUAAAAAGUUUUUAUGUUCGAUCUACUGAUCCAACUAUGAUCAAAACUUUAAAGCUUGAAAUCCUGACAAAUUUAGCAAAUGAAGCCAACAUAUCAACUUUGCUUCGUGAAUUCCAGACAUACGUUAAAAGCCAGGAUAAACAGUUUGCUGGGGCCACAAUCCAAGCAAUAGGGAGAUGCGCAACCAAUAUAACUGCAGUCACUGACACUUGCCUUAACGGACUUGUCUAUCUACUGUCAAAUAGAGAUGAAGUGGUAGUUGCAGAAAGUGUUGUUGUCAUUAAAAAACUUCUGCAAACCCAGCCAACACACCACAGUGAUAUCAUAAGGCAUAUGGCAAAGCUUCUUGACAAGAUUACUGUUCCCAUGGCAAGAGCCAGCAUUUUGUGGCUUAUUGGGGAGUAUUGUGAACGUGUUCCCAAGAUUGCUCCAGAUGUAUUGAGGAAGGCAGCAAAAAGUUUUACCUAUGAGGAUGAUCUUGUAAAAUUACAGAUCUUAAACCUUGCAGCAAAAUUGUACCUAACAAACUCCAAACAGACAAAAUUGCUUACUCAGUACAUAUUAAACCUUGGCAAGUAUGAUCAAAACUACGAUAUCAGAGACCGCACAAGAUUUGUGAGGCAACUUAUAGUUCCAAAUGAGAAAAGUGGUGCUUUAAGCAAGUAUGCCAAAAGAAUAUUUUUGGCGCAGAAACCUGCUCCAGUACUUGAAUCUCCAUUUAAGGAUCGAGACCGUUUUCAGCUUGGCACUUUAUCACACACUCUUAACACUAAGGCAUCUGGUUAUUUGGAGUUAUCUAAUUGGCCAGAGGCAGCACCUGAUCCGUCCGUCCGUAACGUUGAAGUCAUUGAGCCUGUUAAAGGAUGGGACACCUCCCAAGUGAAGACAAAUAAAAAAGAAAAAUCUGGUGAAAAAUUUUACUCUGAAUCAGAAGAGGAAGAUGCAUCAGCGGAAAGCAGUGAAAAUGAAUCUGAUAGUGAAGAUGAAAGUGAGGAAGGCAGUGAAAAUGAGAAGGAAAGUGACAGCGAAGGCAGCAGUUCCAGUUCUUCAAGUCAAGAGGACAGUCAGUCUGAUGAAGAAAAAACUGUGAAAAAGCAGAAGAAACGUACUAAGGACAGUGACUCUCAAGAUGAAAAGAAAGAAAAAGCUUUUGAAGAUUCUAAUUCAUCAUCCUCAGCUGAUUCGUCUGAUGAAUCCUCUGAAUCAAGCUCAGAAUCUGAAGAAAGUGCUUCAGAACCAGCAGUACCUAAAAACGUUACAAAUAAUAAGAAAACUGAGACAAAAUUGUCAAAAGAGAAUGAGAGUGCAAGAAAAAGCGACUUUUCUCUGUUAGAUCUGGAUGACUUUAAUGUGGAACCAAGUCCUGUUGCCGUUUCUAAACCUUCCAUUCUUUCUCCAAGUUUGUCUGAUCUGCAAGGAUUAUCCCUAUCAAGUUCUUCACCUUUAAUAAAUGUUUCUGCUUCUUCAAUCGAACCAUCAGUGACAUAUGAACUUUUGCAUCGAAUGAGUGGGAAAGGUCUUUCAGCCCAUUACCACUUUCCAAGGCAGCCAUGCAUUUUUGGAGCACAAAUGGUCUCUGUACAAGUAACAUUUAAAAAUACCACUGACAAAAUAAUAGAACACAUUCAUAUAGAAGAAAAAAAGAUGCCACCGGGUAUGAAGAUUCAUGUAUUUAAUGAAAUAGAUUCUCUUGAGCCAGAGGGAUCCAUUACGGUUUCAAUGGGUAUUGACUUUUGUGAUUCCACUCAGACUGCCAGUUUCCAGUUGUGCACCAAAGAAGACCAGUUUUCUGUUGGUAUUCAGCCACCAGCUGGAGAGCUCCUAUUGCCGGUGACCAUGUCAGAAACAGAUUUUAAGAAAGCGCAAGGAAAAUUGACUGGAAUGAAUGAGAAUUCAACUACUAUCAGUGUUUCACCCCAAAACUCAACUCCUCAGGUUCUAGUCCAAAAGUUUGCUAAAUCAGCAAACCUUGGUGGUGUUCCUUCUGGAGAAAACGGUAUAUACAGAUUUGCAGCUAAAACUGUGCACAGUGGGUCAUUGAUGCUAGUCACAGUGGAGGUGAAGGAAAACUCUACAGCACAUCUCAUCAUCAACACUGAGAAGACUGUGAUUGGCUCCAUUCUGCUGCGGGAGCUGAAGCCUGUCCUGUCCCAAGGGUAACCAGCUUACAUCUGGACUUCAGAAUCUGGCACAAAGCAAAAGUGCCUGGCAUCCACUAUUGCUCGCUUUCAUUUAUAAUAAUAGCCCUUCCAUCUGCCAGCAGUGGGAAGAAUACACACUGGACAGUCUUGUCUCCUGCUUUAGAAUGCUAGUAUCUAUCAUGUAUGCAGGCACUUGUAAUAGUUCAGGUUGCUAACCAAAGAUCAUAUGUUUCUCUAUCAUUUAUCUCUACUUUUAAACACAUUUACCAUUUGUUCAAUUUCCUGAUGUUUAUAAAAAGCCAUUUGACAGAUAAAAGAAAAAAAAAUAUUUUAUGUAAACUGUAUCCUUCAGGUAAAUGCAUUGGUUUUGUUCACACUAAUAAAUGUUUUAUAUACUUGGUUGGCUCUGAAGUUUGAAAAAUGUAAAUUCAAUUGGAGACACUGCUUGUUUUUUUCUUCUUCAAUUAUUUCUAUUAAAAUAACCAAUGGAAAAUUGCAUGUUA